AAUCCAAGCCGUUUGAUUGGUGUAAGCGAUCUUUUGCAAGGCACUGUGCCCACGAGUAAGCACGUUUAUUUAUGCAUUCAGUGCCUUUAUGCAUUCAUUCACUUGCCGCUGAACGGAGCACAGAGCUAGCGCUUGUUCAAGCAAACACCGCGUUUAGCGAACAAACCCAGCAUUACAAAGGGCAGUUACUGCACCCAAGACAGACAAAUAGAGCACCGUGACGGACUCACUUCCGCGGGGAAGACAAGACGUUUUUCCCGUUAUCUUCAUUUCCAAUACUUGGUAAAGACGUGUGUCGCAGCCACGGCGAGAUCCACCAGUCCCGGGGACCUAUUGUAUCGCUCAAAGAAAUACCGUUCAAAGAAAAAUGGAAAGGCUAAGGAAAUAUAUUUAUCGCAAAAUGGAUCGUCAGACACCUGACCAAGAGAAACAGGCCGAAGCCGCCCUAGAUGAGAAGAAAAACGGCGUUUCACCUGUCGUCAACGGCGACGUUCUCAGUCAAGGCACGGUCUCAUCUGAUUCCACACAAGACGAGGGCACGAAGCUGAAGAAGAGAGAAACAUGGACCAACAAAAUAGACUUCUUGCUGGCGUGUAUCGGCUUCUCUGUGGGGCUGGGAAACGUUUGGCGGUUCCCCUAUCUUUGCUACAAAAAUGGAGGCGGUGCUUUUCUAAUUCCUUACUUCACCUGUGUAAUCCUUGGAGGAAUUCCAGUGUUUUUUCUGGAAGUGGCUUUGGGACAGUUCAUGUCCCAGGGCGGGAUAGGAGUGUGGAAACUGGUACCAUUGUUUCAAGGCAUUGGGUAUGCAGCGACAGUCAUUGUGUUUUCCCUGAAUGUCUACUACAACGUCAUCUUGACCUGGGCCUUCUACUACUUCUUCGCGUCGUUCACGUCAGUUUUGCCAUGGGCCACGUGUGGCAACGCGUGGAACACCAUUCAUUGCCGAAUGCACUAUGAUGUUACCAACUCCACCAAUGCUACACUCAAUGCCUCUCAGAGUGUGGGUAAUGACACUAUGUUUUCUAACAAGACCAAAGGAGUUGAUUCUGUAACUGAAUACUGGGAGCGCAAAGUCUUGCAGAUCUCGACCGGGAUCAACGCAAUGGGUACAAUCAAGUGGGACCUAGCACUGUGUCUUCUUCUUGCCUGGGUCGUUGUCUACUUCUGCAUAUGGAAGGGAGUUAAAUCAUCGGGCAAGGUUAUGUAUUUCACGGCCACGAGUCCAUAUAUCUUCAUGACAGUAUUGUUGAUCAGAGGCGCAACACUAGAUGGCGCUGUAGAUGGCAUUAAGUAUUACCUCCUCCCUGACUUCACCAAGAUUGGAGAACUUCAGGUGUGGGUUGAUGCCGGGACCCAGAUCUUCUUCUCAUAUUCCAUUGGUCUAGGAGCACUGACAGCUUUAGGCAGCUACAACAAAUUCCACCACAACUCUUACAGAGACAGUAUUAUCUUUGCCUGUACCAACAGUGGCACCAGUCUACUGGCUGGUCUGGUGAUCUUCUCAGUGCUAGGGUUUAUGGCCAAGGAGCAAGGGACGAACGUUGGGAAAGUGGCUGAGUAUGGGCCUGGCCUGGCAUUCAUUGCCUAUCCCAAGGCUCUAGCCCAGAUGCCCCUGGCUCCUCUCUGGUCUGUGCUCUUCUUCCUAAUGAUCAUCCUACUGGGGUUGGAUAGCCAGUUUGUGGGAGUUGAAGGCUUCAUCACUGCCAUUGUCGAUCAGUAUCCCCAUUAUUUGCGCAAGGGGCACAACCGCGAGAUCUUCACUGGUCUGACGUGUUUGGUAUCAUUUUUCAUUGGCCUCUCCAUGGUAACAGAGGGUGGCAUGUAUGUGUUCCAGCUGUUUGACUUCUACUCUGGCAGCAGAAUCAUCUUGGUGGUGGCCUUGUUUGAGUGUUUGGCAAUAUCCUACUGCUAUGGAAUCAACCGUUUCCAUGACAACCUGGAGAUGAUGUAUGGUUUCCGAGUAAACCCAGCUAUCAAGGUCAUGUGGAUGGGAGUGUGCCCUGCUUUUGUCACGGCAAUUUUCAUCAUGAGUGGGGUCACCUACUCUGAGCUGACCUACAACCGGGUGUACCAGUACCCAAAGUGGGCCAUAGCUAUUGGCUGGACCAUGGCUUCUGUUGCUGCCCUCAUGAUUCCUCUGUUGAUGAUUAUUCAGAUUGCCACCACCCCUGGGACCCUGAAAGAGAGAAUAGUAAAAUUGCUGAGGCCUCGUCUGAAACGUCACCAACUCCGUCCUGAAGAUGACCCAGAUGACCUGUGUACAGAAGAUGCCGAGUUUUAUUACGAUCCCUCAGCUGCCACCCCAGAAACCGCUCUGACCGACAGCAGCAACUCUGCCUCCUCUGGGGAUUGCGAGAAGCAGGAGCCUAAUGGAGAUCUGAAAAAAGAUGGCUCCAUGAACGGCUCUAGGCAGUCUAUGACAUUUUAUGAAUCUUCAUUUUAACAGCUCAGGACUUUUUAUAGAUGUAUUUUAAAUACCUUUUGGGACUCAAAUUGAGAAUUAAUAUUAUAUAAUAACAAGCCAGAGGUAGUGCUUGGUUGAAGCCACUUAGCUUUUGGUUUUAAGAAAUGAAAGGGUGCUUUGUUAUUUUGUGUUAAUUUUGGUGUUUAUCACGGAAGUGAAAUGGCUAUUGUGAGCGGUAUGUUGUAGUGACAGUGCUCUCUACCAGAGGUCAGGAGUUCUGAUGAUGUCAUUUCUGAAAUUUUGUGCUAAAAUUCCCAUUGACAGAAUUAUGCAGAAAGAAGAAUAACUGUGAAUAUCUGGACCAGGCGUAAAAAUAUGUUGUCCUGGUAGAGGGGGAAAUGAAAAAGAGUGGAGAAAUUUUGUGAGCUAAAGUGUAAAAAAUGCAUGUUGAACAGUACACUUAGUUUUUAAAUUCCAUCUUUGUCCUGUGACAUUGUGUAUCAAACAUAGGUUUACAUUGUAUAUACAAGUAAGCUUUUGUAAUGGAUUUGUAGUCUGAAUUAUGAUAACUAAGAUACUAUGCUUAUGGAUAUUACCAGAAAGUCUGUACACCAAUUUUAACUUGUUAGUGUUGAACUUAAGGUAUAAAAAUAUUGUUGUAUGAAAUAAAGAGAAAUGUAAUUUCAAAUUUAUAAUAGAUUUUCAGGACAUAUUCAUUAUAUCAUCAUAGAUUGAAUCUUUUUACAUACCUUUUUGUACCUCCCUGUCAGCGCACAAACAUAUGUAUUUUCUUUAAGUUUUUGGAUAAAUAUGUUGAAUUUUAGAUACAUAGCAAGGUUUUUUCCUGGCAUCUUGUGGUUAUCAUUUAAAGUGAAAUUGCCCUUUCUAGUAAAAUUAAAUGUUAAAUAUUUUAUAUAAAAAAGAUAUGAUUUAUGUACUUAUGCACUGUUUUGAAAAAGUGUAAAACUUUGAUGUCAAACAUUUGUGAUCAAGUUUGCUGUGUACAAGCUCACAUUGCAUGCUAAUUAUUUCACCCUUGGAGGCAUUUGACUUUGCAUGGUAAUUUUAUUCCUGUCUUUGUCAGUAUUAUGAAAAAAAAAGAUCAAGUGUUGUCAGAUUUUUUUAAAAGGAAACCACAGAAUAAUGCAGCCAGCUAAGUUGCCCUAUUGCUAGAUAAGCUAUUGAAUUGUACAAUUAUCAAAAGUCAGAUUCUACUAUUUGGCGAUGUGAAGACAGCACUGUAGUUCAGUGUGCCAACAUUUAGAAAACUUGAAUGGCAAGCUUGUGACCAAUGAGAUAGGUUAGUGUCACUUGUUUCUUACAGAUGACAGGUCUGUUUUUGCAGGUUGUGACUGAUCUAGAGUAUAAAAGUACGCUAAUCAGCAUGAUGUAAAUAUUAGAUUGUUAUAUUUUAUGUUUUCUUAGCAUCCCAAUACUUUUGUCUUCUGUAAAAGGAUUAUUGAGUUUGAAAUGUUCUCUAGGGAGGAAAAGCGUCAAAGGCUUGGAAACGGUAUGGUGCCCUCUGCGCCUUUAUAUCUUAUUAGAUAGUAAAAUAGUGUAUAUAAGCUUACAUGUACUUCUUGAGUAGUAUAUAUUAGAAUAAAACAGCAUUGUAGGCUUA